AUGCGGUCCCUGAACAUCACCCCGGAGCAGUUCGCGCAGCUCCUGCGGGACAACAAUGUGACGCGGGAGCAGUUCAUUGCUCUCUACGGGCUGCAGCCGCUGGUGUACAUCCCGGAGCUGCCGGGGCGCACCAAGAUAGCCUUCGUCCUCAUCUGCGUUGUCAUCUUCGCCCUGGCGCUCUUCGGCAACUGCUUGGUGCUCUACGUGGUGACCCGCAGCAAAGCCAUGAGGACCGUCACCAACAUCUUCAUCUGCUCCCUGGCGCUCAGCGACCUCUUCAUCGCCUUCUUCUGCGUGCCCUUCACCAUGCUGCAGAACAUCUCCUCCAACUGGCUGGGCGGUGCCUUUGCUUGCAAGAUGGUUCCGUUUGUCCAGUCCACUGCUAUUGUAACUGAGAUUCUUACCAUGACCUGCAUUGCUGUGGAAAGACACCAGGGAAUUGUGCAUCCACUAAAAAUGAAGUGGCAGUACACCAAUAAAAGAGCUUUCACCAUGCUUGGCAUAGUGUGGGUGUUGGCUCUCAUUGUCGGGUCGCCCAUGUGGUACGUGCAGCGCCUUGAGGUUAAAUAUGACUUUCUAUAUGAAAAAGUGCAUGUUUGUUGCUUGGAAGAAUGGGCCAGUCCCAUUUAUCAGAAGAUCUAUACGACCUUUAUUCUUGUUAUACUCUUCCUUCUGCCUCUGAUGCUGAUGCUCUUUCUGUACACUAAAAUUGGCUAUGAACUCUGGAUUAAGAAACGAGUGGGAGAUGCUUCAGUUCUUCAAACCAUUCAUGGGAGUGAAAUGUCUAAAAUAUCAAGGAAGAAGAAGCGAGCAAUUGUUAUGAUGGUGACAGUGGUGUUUCUCUUUGCAGUCUGUUGGGCCCCUUUCCAUGUGAUUCACAUGAUGAUGGAGUACAGUAAUUUUGAGAAGGAGUAUGAUGAUGUGACAAUCAAAAUGAUUUUUGCAAUUGUCCAGAUAAUAGGAUUCUUCAAUUCUAUUUGUAACCCUAUUGUGUAUGCUUUCAUGAACGAGAACUUCAAGAAAAAUUUUCUGUCUGCCCUCUGCUUCUGCGUUAUGAAAGACAGCACAUCCCCAAGCAGGCAGCUUGGGAACUCAGGAAUGACCAUGAGGAGGAAAAAGCCAAGUGCGUCUCAGAAAGAUCCCACGGAUUCGGACGAAGGCAGGAGGGAGGCAUUCAGUGAUGGCAACAUCGAGGUCAAGUUCUGUGAUCAGCCAGCUUCCAAAAGGAAUUUGAAAAGGCACCUGGUCCUGUUCAGCUCUGAGCUUACUGUGCACUCUGCAGUAGGAAAUGGACAGUAGCAUCACAAGGGGGUUGGGAAUGGAGAUGAUGUUCUCUUUAUGUUCAUCUCAAUAAGCCAUUUAAAAGAGUUUGCUGCUUUGCAUGCUGAAAUGAGGGGGGAAGAUGAUGUGUGGACUCUAAUCAUGUUGGGAUACUGACUGAGAAAAUGUAAUAUUUAUUUUGUAAUU